CCUCACCCAACUCACCCAUCAACAUCGCCACCCGCACCUGAGCAAGCAAGCAAGCAAGCCAAGCAGACCAAGCAUACAGCUUCUUGACACGAACACACAGAGUAACAGCCAACCUCACCACCUUCACACACUUCACCACCACCAUGUCGGACGCAGAAGAGCAGGUCCCAAAGGCUGAGCCCGAGCAGCUCAACAUCAAGGUCAAGGACGCCGAUGGAAACGAGGUCUUCUUCAAGGUCAAAAAGCACACUAAGCUCUCAAAGCUCCAGCGUGCCUAUGCAGAGAGGAUGGGAAAGCCAGCCACAUCGAUUCGAUUCCUCUUUGAUGGUACCAGAAUCAAUGAUGAUGAUACGGCGGACACGAUGGGCAUGGAGGAUGGAGAUGAGAUUGAUGCCAUGGUUGAGCAGCUGGGAGGCUCCCUUUGAACAAGAUAAUCGAUGGGAAUAGACGGGGAAUAUUCGCUCCCACGACGAGAUCCUCAUGAUGUUUCGAGGACGACGGCCAGCCCUUCUCAUGCUUCCCUUUGAUGAG